AUGAAUUCACUGAAAUACGAGUACAUUCAUAUUCUGUCUUCUACACUGUUAAAAUUCGAGCCACUCGUCUUGGUGAACACUCACGGACAGUCAACGGUCGGUUUCGCCCUUCCUGGGGCUCAUCGGAUUUGUAAUUUUUCUGGGAUGAGUGGUCGUUGUAGAUUUCCCAGCAUUUUAACUAGGAUAAAUUGUACGGUUACUGUGAAUGACAUUUCACCCAAGGUCAUCAUCAUCAUCGACAGCAUGACAUCAGUGUUCAACACCAAUGCUUCAGUGCCGUACAACCAUGAUUUAUUUGAAAGUCUUACUGUACAGAAAAGGGUAAAGACAUUCAUUCAGACGAUCUGGAUAGAAACUGACAACAAGAACGCCACUGACAUCGGUUGGCAGCCAUAUGUUGUAGUGUCUCCAACGAGACACAGUGAGGAUCACGCGGUUCCCAUCCUGGAAGGCGAGUAG